AUUCAGAAUAGAUUAAACAACUAUUUAUUGAUCCACAUAUGGCUUUUUAAAUGUUAUCAUCUAAUGGACAUGAUAUAGAUCAAUAAGAUAUCAAAAGAUUCAUUUCACUUAAUGAUGAAGAAAUUAAACAUUUAAUCACAUAAUUCAAUUCGAACUCUGAUGUACGAUUUACAUAUUCUGAGUAUUCUUUAUAUUAUUUAUAUAGCUUUGUCAAUUCUCUUAAACUUAAUAACAAUACACAUGUCAAAGAUGUCCUUAUCAAACUAUUGUAAUAGGAGGCAAUUAAUUAUAAGUAAAUUCUUUGUGUUUUCCAUAGAUUUUAGUAAAGUUUAAAUACUCAAAGAAGAUAACAAUUUCAAUCCAAAUGAAAUAUUUAAUUAAAUAGAUUAGUUUCGUAAAGGUUAUAUUACUCAAAGGACUUUAAAGAAAUCAACUAAUUUAUCUAACGACUACAUCUCAGCUUUCUUUAGAUUUCUCGAUAAAGAUAACGAUGGUAGAAUUUUUGAAAGUGAAUUUUUAUCAGCCUUCAAAUCCUCUUAAAAAUAACAAUUAGCUGUUUAAUACAAAGAUUUGAGAUAAAGUUAAGAAAAAGAAAAAUAAAUUAUUUAAUAAUGUUAGUAGAUCUAAUAAAAUCUUUAAAUUAGUGAAGAAAAAAAUAGUCAAUCAAGAAUUAAAUAAGUCUAACAGUUAUUAUAAAGUAGAUAGAAUCUUGAUCGCUCUAAGGGAUAAAAUUCAUAUUCAUCCUUAUUAAAAGUUAGAUAAUAAUUACUUCAAAUUGAUUACAUUAGAAGAAAUUCACAACGUGAAACUUUUGAAAGACUUCUCAAAUAUCAACAUUAAUUGAUUAAAAAUAUUAAAGAAAAAAAUGAAGAAACAACUUAAAAAUAAAAAAAUCUAAGUAGUCUCCAUGAUUAAUUAUAUACCAUGAGAACGUAAUAAGACUUAAGUCUUAAAAGAAAAAGAGAGUAUAGUAUUCAUAGCUAAUCUUAAUUAUGA